AUCUCGUUUAUCCAGUUUGGUAAAUAUCUGUCUCAGACAUCCGACAAAAGAAAUUCUCCUACCAUAGCGCGUGGUUGAAUGUUCACAGUCGGAGACUCGAAACUCUGACACUUUUGACCACAUGGCCUAGCCUUCAUUUCCCACUCCUGUUCGUUUCCCCAAACUUUUCUUCCUCUAUCCCUUCUACUCUUCGUUUUUCUUCUCUGCGUCCGUAACGCGAUCCUAAUUUUUUUUUUUCCUAAAAACAUGUUCAUUUCUUGAUUUUUUUGUCCUCUUUUUUGAAGUCAUUGAUUUAAUUUAUGGGCAUCUUUCUCUAAUUUUUUCAUUUAUUUUAUAAAAUUUUUGCUCUUCAAGUUCAAGAUCGUUGGCUUGGAUUUUGGGACUGUUUGCUCCACUUGUAGGAUUGAAGUGAGAGAAAACCGUCCGGUUUUUGUAAUCUCGGCUGAAGUUCAGGUACCCAACAGUCUUCAAACGGAUUGCUAGGAAGAUUUACUCGAAAAUUUGACGUUUUGAUCGUUGAGUAUCAAAAGGAAUCAGAACUUGUUUUCAUUUGUAAUCUAGCUUGUGUCGCUAACUGAAGCAUAAGAUUUCGAGUUGUCAAAAUCAUAUCCAAAGUUUGUGCAUUUAGCUGUUUUUUCUUGUUCCUCAAGCUCCCAAUCGGCCUGCUGAUUUAGCUGAAUUUUGUUAAAUCCUAGAGUGAAUUCUCUUUAGAAAUUUCGAUACUGCGAUCCUGUUAUCUGGAUUACUGCGCAGUAAAUUAUGGGAGGAAAAUGUUGCAAGAAGACUGAUGUCAACGGCGCAUCAUCCCAAACCCUCGAAAUGAAAAAGAAUACCCAAUUCACGCCCGAUCUGAGGUCCUAUGAGGCGGCGUGCAUGCUCGAUCCGGACUUACAGUCCUUUGAUGCCACCCUCCAAGAACGCACCAGCUGGGUCAUCAGCUCGCUCGCCUCCGAGGUUGAGGUUCGGUCCUUAUCUUUUGGCUCACUCAAAGAGGUCACCAAUAGUCUUCUUGAAAUGAAUCAGGAGGUGGUGAAAGUUAUUCUAGAGUGUAAGAAGGAUAUAUGGAACAACGAAGAUUUGUUCUCAUUGGUGGAGGAAUACUUUGAGAAUAGUCUCAAGACAUUGGACUUCUGUACUGCCCUUGAGAACUGCUUGAAGCGCACACGGGAUAACCAGUUUACCAUUCAAGUUGCGGUUAAGCAUUUCGAGGAUGAAGUUGAAAAUGGGGUUGAUGGGGUGAAGUAUGUGAAGACAUUGCAAGAAUUAAGGAAAUUUAAGGCUUCUGGGGACCCAUUUACCGAGGAGUUUUUUGCAUUGUUUCAAUCAGUUUAUCAAAACCAUAUAUCGAUGUUCCAAAAGUUGCAGCGUAGGAAGACAAAGCUAGAUAAGAAAUUGAAAUCUAUGAAGUCGUGGAGGAAAGUGUCCAAUGUCAUUUUUGUUGCAGCUUUUGUGUCUGUGCUGAUAUUCUCGGUGGUGGCAGCUGCCAUUGCAGCUCCGCCUCUUGUGACAGCUUUGGCGGCUGCAUUGGCUGUUCCUAUAGGUUCUGUGGGAAAAUGGUUGAACUCACUUUGGACGCGAUAUGAAAACUCAGUGAAAGCACAAAGGGAGUUAAUCAACUCAAUGCAGAUCGGCACCUGUGUUACAAUGAAGGAUUUGGAUACCAUUCGGGUACUUGUCAACAAACUGGAAAUAGAGAUUGAGUCACUAUUGCAGAAUGCUGAUUUUGCACUCAGGGAAGAGGACGCAGUUAGUCUUGCAAUGGAUGAGAUCAAGAAGAAGCUGGAAGUGUUUAUGAAUACCAUUGAGAAUUUAAGCGAGCAUGCUGAUAUGUGUAGCCGGGAUAUAAGGAGGGCAAGGACGGUGAUUUUGCAGAGGAUAAUAAGACAUCCAAACAGCUGAAAAUCCCUUCUCACAUAGAUUGCUAUUGAGAAGCUUUUCAUGGUUCCGAGCAGCUUCUCAACUCUGAAUAAAACACCAAAUUCAGACCAUGAAAAGGAUGCUCUUUCUCUGUUUUAUUUUAUUCGGAAAUUGAGGAAUAUUAUUAUAUUCUGUGAGAACCAUUGGACUCCCAGUGCCAGAUGCAGAUUUGGCAAUUUGAAAUUCUAUGCUCUUUUCUGGUUGGUCUCCAGAACCAGGAUCCUAGCUUUGUACAUCUGUGACUACCCCAAAUGUCAACUUCCAACUUUUGAUGAAUGGCACCCACAACUUCUUAGACAAGAAAUCUGUCUUCAACAGCUUCAUCCUUGGGCAACUUCAGCUAAUUCCACUUCUUUUCUCACCACAACAGAGCGGUUGAAACUCAAACUAUAUAUAGUGGUUUAAACUAUUGUGGUUUGCGAUGCUGUUACAUAGUUACAGGUUACAUGGGUAUGGAAUUUCAACCUUCUUAGCAUUCUAUGAGUUUCAACCUCCGUAUAGAAGUUAGAACUGAUUUAUGGUUCCUAGCAGCAUUUGCUGUGAGAAGUCCCAAAUACUUCGUAAGGAUAUUGGCACACGUCUGUUUUGGUGCUGUGUUAAGUUUGUGUUGGACAUGAUAUUGAAACUUAAUGCACAUUAAUGCAUUCCGGUACUGUAUGAGACCACUUCGUAAGGAAUUAUAGGUUGAUGUAUAUCUCAAGGAAUUUUUUGUUA